CCUCCCUGCUUGUGUCGGUGUUAAUCCGCGUCUGUCAGUGCGGCGUCAUGGCGGAUAUCAAAACGGGAAUCUUCGCCAAAAAUGUGCAGAAGAGGCUGAACAGGGCGCAGGAGAAGGUUCUACAGAAGCUGGGAAAAGCGGACGAGACCAAAGAUGAACAAUUUGAACAAGUUGUCGUCAACUUCAGGAGACAGGAGAGUGAAGGUUCCCGGCUGCAGAGGGAGAUGAAGGCCUACAUGUCUGCCAUAAAAGGAAUGCAGCAGGCCUCCAUCAACCUGACUCAGUCUCUUCAUGAGGUCUACGAGCCAGACUGGCAUGGAAAAGAUGAUGUCAUGACCAUCGGGAAGGAUUGUGAUGCGAUGUGGGAAAGCUUCCAUAACAAGCUGGUAGACUCUACGCUGUUGAAUCUGGAUGCAUACUUGCUACAGUUUCCUGACCUAAAGACCCGUGUGGCCAAAAGAAGCCGAAAACUCAUCGACUUUGACAGCGCUCGGCAUCACGUUGAAACGCUUCAGGCAUCUGGAAUGAAAAAUGACCGCAAGUUAAUGAAGGCCGAUGAUGAGCUGAGAAAAGCCCAGAGAGUGUUUGACGAUCUCAAUGUUGGUCUGCAGGAUGAACUACCAACCCUUUGGGACAGCCGAGUUGGAUUCUACAUCAGCACUUUUAAGAGCGUGACGAGCUUAGAGGCCAGAUUUCACCGGGAGAUUUCUCUGGUGUGUAAGCAGCUGUAUGAAGUGAUGAUGCAACUUAGCGAACAACAUGCUGACAAAAUGUUCACCAUCCAAGGAGCACCAAGUGAUUCAGGGCCGCUGCGACUCGCUCGGACGCCCUCACCACCGGAAGAAGAGAGUCCUCCUGAGAGUCCAGAUGCCAGUUACAAUCAUAUGCUUCGACCAGUCUCUCCUGGACCCCCGCGGCCCAAAUCUCCAGUACAGCUGAAAAAGGGCCCCCCGGUGCCUCCGCCCCCCAAAGUCACACCUUCCAAGGAGGUGGUGGAGGAGCAGAUCAUCGACCUGUUUGGAGGAGAGUUCUUACCUGCACCGUCUCCAUCACAGCCCAAUGAGCGGCCUGGAGAAUCUCUUCUCGAUCUGGACUUUGACGCCUUCCAGGCAGAUGAAAGUGUGUCACCAAUACCGCAGACUGCAGUGCCUUGGGAUACGUGGUCGGCGCAGCCGUCCAAGACUGCUGAAGAAAGCGGAUUUGUCGCAGACUGGUCAGCUGACUUUGGUUCAGCCAAUGGAGAGACUGCUGCAGGAGCUGAAGACACUGCUGAGGACACUGCUGCUCCUGAAGGGGCAGAGAGUGCUCCUGAAGGGGCAGAGAGUGCUCCUGAAGGGGCAGAGAGUGCUCCUGAAGGGGCAGAGAGUGGCGAUCAAGCGGAAGAUCCUCAUUGGGCCACAGGAGACGGUCCACAACUGCCUGGAGAUAGAACCACACCUUCUCCUCCACUUCAGGACAGUGAAGCAGCUGAGGAUGAGGUUAGCAGCUGGGAAGACCCUUCUCAAACAAACACCAAACAUCUCUAUGGUGCUGAUGAUGAAACUGAAACAGGUCAGACAGUCUUAGAGAGAAAUAAAUCAGGGGAGGGAGACCGCAGGAAAUCUACCCCUGGGCUCAUUUUUACUAAUGAAUAUGGUGAACAGAUUGAGGACUGCUCCGGACAACUGAAGUGGUCCAAGUCUCCCGAUGGCUCCGGAUCUGAAUAUGAAACUGCUGAAGAAUGGGGAGAUGGAGUUCAGGCAGGUGGCUGGGCAAGUGCAGACGAUGAGCCUUCACGAGAAGACAUCCCUGCUGUUAGAACUGCAGAAGGAGAAGAUGAGAAUGUCACAGAAAGUAGAAGCAGUGCUGAAACAAAGAAAAAUAAGAAACCUGCAGAAGAACAAAAAACAAAACAGGCACUUUUAAUGUCAGGGGAUUCACCAAACCCAAAUGAAACACAGGGAGAAGGAGUGUUUGAUUCUGAUCAUAUUGCCGAAACACAUGGAGAGGGUGUGUUUGAUUCUGGUCCUUUUGCUGAAACACAGGGAGGGUGGGCAUUUGAAACUGAUCAUUUAGCCGAAAAACAGGGAGGCGGGGAAUUUGAUUCACUCAACCUAACUGAAACACAGGUAGUGGGGGCACUGGAUUCAGAUUAUUUUGCCGAAACACAGGGAGGAGGUGCGUUUGAUUCUGAUCCUUUUGCCAAAACACCGGGGGAGGAAGCCUUUGAUUCACUAAAUAUAACUGAAACACGGAGAGAGGGUACUUUUAAUUCACUAAACCUUACCAAAAUGCAGGUUGAGGGGGCGUUUGAUUCAGAUCCUUUUGCCAAAACACAGGGAGGAGAUGCGUAUGAUUCUGAUCCAUUUGCCGAAACACAGGGACAGAGUGCGUUUGACUCUGAUCCUUUUGCCGAAACACAAAUUGGAGGAGGGGCGUUUAAUUCUGAUCCUUUUGCCGAAGCACAGAAACAGAGUGCGUUAGAUUCUGAUCCUUUUGCCGAAAUAGAGAUUGGAGGAGGGGCGUUUGAUUCUGAUCCUUUUGCCGAAACACAGAUUGGAGGAGGGGUGUUUGAUUCUGAUCCUUUUGCCGAAACACAGAUUGGAGUAGGGGCGUUUGAUUCUGAUCCUUUUGCCGAAACACAGAUUGGAGGAGGGGUGUUUGAUUCUGAUCCUUUUGCCGAAACACAGACUGGAGACGGGGCGUUUGAUUCUGAUCCUUUUGCCGAAACACAGACUGGAGGCGGGGCGUUUGAUUCUGAUCCUUUUGCCGAAACGCAGAUUGGAGGAGUGGCGUUUGAUUCGGAUCCAUUUGCCGAAACACAGAUUGGAGAGAAGUCAGAUUGUUUUAAAUUAGACAGCUCAGGAGAUAACUGUUUUGUGGACUCCGGAGAUGGAGGAGUCGGGUGGAAUCCUUUCCCCAACAGUGUUCCUUCAGCAGCUCCAGACGCUGUGGUGGAUGCUGAUGUAUCCUGGAAGCAAGUUAGCAAGACCAGCGGCUUUGAUCCUCCUAUCAAACACCCAACGUCAACCACAGAAGUUCAACAUGUAAAUGUUCCCAAAAUUCGCAAGGAACCAGAAAGUUCCGACAUGUCCGAAGAUGAGGCUGCAAACCUGAGAUUUGGAAAGUUGUACCAAGAUGUAGCUAAAGAAAAGGAAGAGACGGAUGCUACUGGCCCACCAUUCUUGGCAGAAUUUAAUACAACGAAUGAAGUAAAAGUUGACUCAUUGGAAAACGCUGAGAUGUCAACUCCUGCAGCCACUGCUGGCGAAGAGGAUACAGCAGAAGAUUUUGCCUCUUCAAAGGAAGAGAAACCUACUGAGCCUGCUUCAGGUUUGGAAGAAAAGACAGAGAGUCUUGUGGAUGAAACUUCGGAAACAAUGCCCAUCCCAUCCGUGGUGAUUGAGCCCGCCUCCAGCAAUGAAGGUGAUGAUGAUCGUGACGCGGACAUAAUCUCACCUUCAGCUAUCAGUGACAACGGCGUGGCAGCUGAUAAACCAUCAAUCAAACCCAUGGGUUCGUCUGCGGGAAUAGCAGGACUCCCUGAUGACUUUCUGUACAAGGUGGAGACAAUGCACGACUUUGAGGCUGCCAACUGUGAUGAGCUGGACCUGAAGCAAGGGGACGUAGUUUUGGUGGUUCCCACUGCCUCAGUAGAAGAUCAGGAAGCCGGCUGGCUGACAGGAUUCAAAGAAAGUGACUGGAAGGUGCUCGGAUCUGGAGCUCAAAAGGGACUUUUCCCAGAAAACUUCACACAGCGUUUGGAGUGAGAAGGCUCCUCAGGGCGGGGGAAAUAAGCAAGAAGCAAUCUGGGACGCAUGAACCAACGCCUUUUAGUUGAAACACUGCGGCACUCCUCCUGGCAUUCACUCUCAUGUGAUUCAAUAUGGACCUUUCUCCCCUAUUUAAAGAAAACCAAACACAAAAUUGUUUGAUUUAGUUUUUGCAUGUUCCCAUCUAAAAAAUAUUUCGGAAGGAAAACAAGAAGUACUACAUUAUCUACGCUAAAAUGUUAACACUGUGUUUAAGUACUUUCCAAUAUAAUUCAUCAAUUUUUGUGUUAAUUACUAUUGAUAUACUGUGGUUUAUCACAAUUUGUGGGGCUUUGGUCAUAUUUUGUUGGAAGAUGUGUCUGUGAACUGACUUGUUUCAUCAUCACUGUUAGUGUAGUUUUGCAAAAACUUGAAAUUUCUUCCGGCAAUUACUUCUGUUGUCAACAAUGGUAGAGUAUUGUAAUUCAAACCUGUACUUGUAACAUGGAAAAUGACGUUAUUUCAAAUGAAGAAACAAAGUAUGAAUUCAGGGAAGAGCAACAAAUCCAAUAUGCAAUAUAUGUAAUUGUAUGUAUGUAUAUACAUACAGUAUAUAUGUAUACAUGCACAUACAUACUGUACAUAUAUAUAAUUAGUUGACUUGAAUCACAUGUAUGUUUGAGAUUAGAUGUUGAAGUUGUAUCAUUGUCAUAUCAAUACCUGUCGCGAUUAAAAUGUUUCCAU